AUGGCUUCGGCGGUCAAGGCGGCACCGGGUAUCUGGGGAGAUGCAGUCAAAUAUAAAAAGGUCUGUAAAAAAUUACUUUCCCUGCAACGUGGUUUCGCUGUCAAAACGAUACGGGGCUUCCGUACUGUCUCCACUAUCGCUUCCAUCACACUCGCACAAUUUACUCCACUAGACUUGAAAGUUCAAGAGGUAUGCACGGUAGAACGUGCUAAGCUCACGGGCUGCUCUCCAUACCUCUCUUCAGAUAUAAAAUUGCAUAAGCGCACACCACCAACUAAACUUGCUCACCCUGCCACUAGACAAGGUAUACAAUUUUCUUCAGCAUAUGUCCAAAAUGACAUCGAUAGACUUUGCCCACCUGACAGCACCAAAAUAUUUACUGACGGCAGUAAACUGGAAAAUGGUGACGUUGGCGCAGCAUUCGUUAUCUAUAAGCCGAAUGAUGCGCCCAUAAUUCAGAAACUUAAACUACACAAUAGCUGUACCGUCUUCCAAGCUGAGCUACUAGCUAUAGAACGCGCUGUUAGAUGGGUCCAAGAUUCUAAUAUUGAAAACGUAGCCAUUUUCUCUGAUAGUCUGUCUGCCCUACAGGAGUUAGAGAAUAAAAACACUACCAACAGUCUUGCAACAAAAACUCAUGAUCACUUGCGAAGCCACUCUGGAAACGUGAAAUUUGUGUGGGUUAAGGCCCAUGUGGGUCUCGAAGGGAAUGAAGCAGCAGACGAAGCUGCGAAAAGUGCUGCAACUUCUCACCAAUCACUCGACUUCGCGAAAUUCCCAAUCAGCCAUGUCAAACGACUCUCACGCGAAGCUAAUAGGCUUUGUAGCGAAGAACGUUACACUUCUUCUACUACAGGAGUGCGCACUAGAACUUGGCUUCCAAGCCUGGACAGUGUAACAAAACUAUAUGCAAUAGUGAAACAAUCGUUCCACUUAACUCAAGUCCUUACCGGUCACGGCUAUCACCGGCAAUACUUACACCGGUUCAAGAUAGUCGCGACCGAUAAGUGCAAUUGUGACCCCAAUACUGUCCAGGACAUUGACCACCUCCUUAAAGUAUGCCCAAGAUAUGCCCGGCAAAGGGAGACACACAUAGCCUUGUGUAACCAUUUAGAUGUGUCUCCAUUUGACAUACCUGAAAUGACNGAAACUUUUUGUAUAAUGUAG